AUGCUCUGCCAUGUGUCUGUAGUGUCCCUCCAGUCCAGAGAAAAGCCGAGGAGCUGCGCCGGUUGCAACGGGAAGAUCCGGGACCGUUUUAUGCUGCAGGCGUUGGACAGGUACUGGCACGAGGACUGUCUGAAGUGUUCGUGCUGUGACUGCCGCCUGGGCCGAGUGGGUUCCACUCUCUAUACACGGGCCAACCUCAUCCUCUGCCGCAGGGACUACUUGAGGCUCUUUGGGGUGACUGGUAACUGUGCGGCCUGCAGUAAACUGAUCCCUGCUUUUGAGAUGGUGAUGAGAGCCAGAGACAACGUCUACCAUUUAGACUGCUUCGCCUGCCAGCUCUGCCGCCAGAGGGAUUAG